AUGCUGCGGCUGGUCAGGCGUGUCUUGCAACACCACCAGACGGCCAGCGCAAGCUUGUGCGCGCAACAGUAUCAGGCAGGCCACGUGCGCCUCUCAGGCACCAGCCUCUCAACAAUCGUGCGGAGUUACAGCAGCGCGCACUGGCAGCAGCUCGGACACAAUGGUGGCUCCCACCGGGUGGCCCUCUGCACGGCUCCAGACUUUUUGGCAGCAAUUCAGCAACGGCCAGCACCCAUGAACGACACAGUCCCCUCUUGCUCACUCGAGCUGUCACGCCACGGUUGCUACAGCAAGAUCAAGGGUCUUGUGGGCCGGACAAACGCAGCUGUGAACUAUCUGUGCGGAUACAUGGGCAAGUUUGCCUUCGUGCUUGUGCUGCGAUUGAUGGCAAAUCACACGACAAACCCGCAUGGAGCCCCGGCCACUGGAAGGCAUACACGGAUUGGCAAGAUCCGUGGAGCACUUCGUGCAGUUGUCAGUCUGCAGCUCGUGAAAUCACGCUUUCCGACUGUGCUGUUAGCAGAUGGUCUCACAGAUGCUGAGGCCACGUUGUUCAUCACCAAGAAUGUGACAGUGCUACCUCUCGGGCCGUUGCCAAAGGGGCUCACGCUGCCAAAUGGAGGGUUGAAGAAAAAGGCGCUCACGUUCAGCAAACUGAGUGUUUGGGGUCUCACGCAAUUCGACAAGGUGGUAGUGCUCGACGGGGACACCGUUGUCCGACGCAACGUUGAUCAUUUGUUGGCUAUCCCGACCCCCGCUGCCGCAAUGGACCCCAAGUGGGCCUCUGCGGGCGAAUUUUUGCAUGGUAUGAAGCACAUACAACGACCGUCGUUGCUGCCGUUCAACUCUGGGGUGAUGGUCGUGAGGCCUGACGCGUUGGUGCAUGCUCAGAUGAUCGAGCUCGCGGGCGAGCUAUGGUCGUACGAUUUGGGCGACCAAGGAUUUCUUGCGGCGUUCUUUGCCAACAAAUCAAUCCCUGUUCAUGAGCUCCCGCGGCGAUAUAACCUUGGCGAUUGGUGCAAACAGGCUGAUGAGAUUGAGCAAGCCUUCAUCUUCCACCUCUUUGCUGGGCCUGCAGCAUAG